CAUCAUUAUCACCGAGUAGAAGAAGCAGUGCAAAGUGUUUUAUUUUUUGUUGCAAUUGACUGUUGAGAAUCAAAUCAAAUCAAGAUCGAAGAAACCCUAAACCCCCUUUCGAUUGUGAUUUCCGAUCGAAGAAGAAGAAGAUGGAUGAAGAGUACGAUGUAAUCGUUCUGGGAACUGGUCUCAAGGAAUGCGUUCUCAGUGGUCUUCUCUCUGUCGAUGGCCUCAAAGUUCUUCACAUGGAUAGAAAUGAUUAUUACGGAGGAGAAUCCACUUCCCUCAAUCUUAUUCAGCUUUGGAAGAAAUUCAGAGGAGAUGACAAGCCUCCUCCUCAUUUGGGUUCUAGCAAAGACUAUAACAUUGACAUGAACCCUAAGUUCAUUAUGGCCAAUGGCACAUUAGUGAGGGUUCUCAUUCAUACUGAUGUUACAAAGUAUCUCUAUUUCAAAGCUGUGGAUGGAAGCUUUGUCUUUAACAAAGCAAAGGUUCACAAGGUACCUUCAAAUGACAUGGAGGCUUUGAAGUCCCCACUUAUGGGAAUAUUUGAAAAACGCCGCGCACGCAAGUUUUUCAUUUAUGUUCAAGAUUAUAACGAGAGUGAUCCUAAAACUCAUGAUGGGAUGGACUUGACAAGAGUCACUACUAAGGAACUGAUAGCAAAAUUUGGCCUUGAUGAUAACACUGUGGAUUUCAUUGGUCAUGCUUUGGCGCUUCAUAGAGAUGAUCGCUACUUGAAUGAGCCAGCACUAGACACUGUAAAGAGAAUGAAGUUAUAUGCAGAGUCUCUUGCACGAUUUCAAGGGGGAUCACCUUACAUAUAUCCUUUGUAUGGUUUAGGAGAGCUUCCUCAGGCAUUUGCACGGCUUAGCGCUGUUUAUGGAGGCACAUAUAUGUUGAAUAAACCUGAAUGCAAGGUGGAAUUUGAUGAUCAAGGAAAGGUUAUUGGCGUCACGUCUGAAGGGGAAACAGCCAAGUGCAAAAAACUUGUUUGUGAUCCAUCAUACUUGACCAACAAGGUGAGGAAGGUUGGUAAGGUUGCAAGGGCAAUAGCCAUCAUGAGCCAUCCGAUCCCCAACACCAAUGACUCCCAAUCGGUGCAAGUUAUUCUCCCACAAAAGCAACUGGGCCGAAAGUCAGACAUGUACUUAUUCUGUUGCUCGUAUUCUCACAAUGUUUGCCCAAAGGGAAAAUUUAUUGCAUUUGUAUCAACUGAGGCAGAGACAGAUCAGCCUGCAAUUGAACUGAAACCUGGAAUUGACCUUCUAGGACCUGUUGAUGAGAUAUUUUUUGAUAUGUAUGAUAGAUUUGAACCAGUCAAUGAACCCACCCUAGACAACUGCUUUAUUUCGACAAGUUAUGAUGCUACCACUCACUUUGAAUCAACCGUACUGGAUGUCCUCAACAUGUAUACGUUGAUAACUGGAAAGGUUCUAGACCUCACUGUGGAUCUCAGUGCCGCCAGUGCUGCAGAAGAGUAAAGAAAACAUAAUGAUUUCCUUUGUGUUUGUUAUGUGUUGCCGAUGGAAUCCAUACUUUGCACUUUACGACGAAUGUUAUCAGUUUAUAAUAAAUUAUUAUAUAAGUUGUUUUGUUUUGGACAAAGAAAACUCUGAAGCUUGUAGAACAGAUUUGUUUGCAGGGAAACUUUUACCCCUCCAGAUGCUCGCUUGUGCGUAAUACAUUUAUUAUUAUCUUGACA